AAUAUUCUUGUUUUCACAGUUUUAACUAAAUACCCAAUCAUGUAUGAGUGGGUGAUCUUCUUUUUGACUGUUGUGCCAAUAAUCGGAGUAGAAUUUUAUUCAUCUCUUGGUCAUAUGGAAGAUUUAGUCAAGGAAGAAUUGAACCUGAUUUCUUCGCUUAAAGACUUCAUUUCAGCUGAAGAAACAAGGAUUGAGAGAAUGAAGGAAGUUGCAAGUGGUUUGAAAUCACAUGCAGUUGAAGCUAAUGACAAUAUUGAGAAAUUUCUAGGACAUCCUGUCAACCAAUACCUGUUCAUGAGACAGCUAAAAUCAGAAUAUGACACUAUGGAGAGUUUGGUAUCAAAAAACACAACGUUCCUCGGUCAACUCCGGGAUAUUCGACCAAAUUUACCGGGAGAUGAAGAUGUGCAAGGAACCGCGAAGGCACUGAUGAGAUUGCAGGACACCUAUGACCUUGACACGCAUGACUUAGCACAAGGCAAAGUGAAAAGUUCCUAUGCAGGACGUAAACUAACAGCUGAUGAUUGUUUUCAAAUUGGACGAACUGCUUAUAUUGGCGCUGAUUAUUAUCAUUGUGUUCUGUGGAUGAAUGAAGCUGAUGAUAAAAUACAGCAAGGAGAUACAACCCAUGAGAGGUUUGAUGUUCUUGACCAUCUAGCUUUCUCCUUAUCCCAGCAAGGGAACUGGAAACGAGCGUACGAACUUACAAUUGAGAUGUUGAAGAUCAACCCACAGCAUGAUAGGAUUAAACAAAAUCGGGAUUAUUACAGAAAUCUACUAAAAUCAACGAAAAAAGGAGACGAGGGAGAAGUAGAAAAGGUUGACUACUCAAAAUGGAGUGCUAAACUGAAACGUGAAGACAAGUUGAAACCCAAGGGUGAUUUGUACCAGAAAUUGUGUCGUGAGGGAGGGGAGCCUAUCUCUCCUCAAAUCGAGAAGAAUUUGAAAUGCUAUUAUUGGGACAACAAUGACCCAUUGUUACGUAUUCAACCAAUUAAAAUAGAAGAAUUAUGGAAAGCACCACAUUUGGUGAGGUUUUAUGACAUCAUAAAUGAAAAGGAAAUUGACACAAUUAAAGCAAUGGCAAAACCCAGACUGAAUCGAGCAACCGUGCAAAAUCCCGCUACGGGAAUUUUAGAACCUGCAGAUUAUCGAGUGAGCAAAAGCGCUUGGUUACAAGACAAAGAAAGUAACGUCAUACGUAGGAUUAGCGCAAGAAUUGCCGCUGCCACUGGACUUUCUAUGAAAUCGGCCGAGGAUUUACAAAUUGCAAAUUAUGGGGUCGGGGGUCAAUAUGAAACACAUUACGACUUUGUUCGUUCGAGUGAUAAACGUACUUUUGAUGAAAAUGUUGGAAAUCGUAUCGCAACUAUGCUUUUCUAUCUUACAAAUGUAGAAUAUGGUGGCGCAACAAUUUUUUUAACUGCAAAAGUCGCUGUGAAACCAAUCAAAGGCAGCGCUGUGUUUUGGUAUAACCUCUACCCAUCAGGUGAGGGCGAUUUGCGCACGAAUCACGCUGCGUGCCCAGUCUUAAAUGGCGUGAAGUGGGUUGCCAAUAAAUGGAUCCACGAGAGAGACCAAGAAUUCAAAAGAUCUUGCGCUCUUGAUAAGAAUGCUGAAAACAGUAUAUUUUAAAAUGAAUCUUCAAAAAUAGUUUCAAACUUAUAACUAAAUUAGUUUUGAUGCAUUAUUUCCAGGAAUUCCACCUAGAAUGCAAGAAUAAUUUACUACCUUAUAUAGCUCCUAGAGCCUCAGUGUUCAAUUAUGUGUGUCCUAUUUUUAUUUUUUGUUGUGGACCUGGGAUCUUGUUUUGAGGAACUCUUCUAUCAGUAUUCUUCCCACUUUCAAUUAAUGGAGGCUUGGGCGCCUUGCUUUGAGAUAACUUGCAACUAUUCUAUCAGUAUUCUUCCUGCUUUUAAAGGAGGCUCUGCAUCGUGCUUUGAGCAAAGUUGUUAAAUUUUUUAGCAGUACUACUUUCACACUUAGUUGAAGGAGCGGGACCUAACUUAGAGCAAUUUUUUAUUGCAUAGAAAAGCCCGAACAAUUACUCUGUUACAAAUAUAACCUUUAUAUAGCUUUUGAUAGAAGGUGCUCACUUCCCCACUAUUUAUACUCUUUCACUAUUAGUAAAAGCUUAGAUAUAUGAAAAUCCAGACCAUAACUCUAUGUUACUUACAAGUUCGAGCAUAUAUACAUGGUGUCCAUCAAGUCCCUUUACAAUUUCAAUUGUGUUAUGAAGUCUAUUCUCAAUGUAUCUUAACCAAGUUUGUUGUUUUUUUGAACCGUCAUUGUUUAAGUAUUUUUACCUCAUUUAAUACAUCUGUGAGGGCCAAAACCAUUUAUUGUAUGAAUAAAUUCUCUUUGCAAUUUUAAAGAAUUUUAGGAAUCCCAUAAUGUAUGUAUCGUUUGCUCCUUUCAGCUCUAGCACACUUUGAAAAUUUCGAGCGGAACUGUAUAUAUGCCAACUUGUUGUAAUAUUUUGUUGUUGCAAGCAUGAAAUCUUUUAUAGCUUUUACUGGUGGCCGCUUUCAAUUCCAUGUACCGUACUCUUCACACUUUCUAUUUAGGACAUUGAGCAAACUUCAUAUAAAAAUACUCAAGUAUUAUGCGAGGGGUGUGUGUGUGUGUUAUAUUAUAUUAUCAUACAAUUCGUUUAUUCUCAAAUUAACCCCAAUACACUUCAAAUUAUUUGGGACUCUAUUGGACAGCCCUAGUCAUACCUUUUUUUUAACAGGAACAAUGCUUUUUCAAGUACUCAUCAUAUUUAAAAGAGUUUAAACGAAAGCUAGGGCACCUAACUUGUUAAAAUUAGCCAGGGCACCGUCACACUUUUUUUCAGCUGCGAGGCACCUUCACAAUCAUAAUUACCAUUGAAUGAGCACUGCUCAAUGCUUAGAAAUUGUUAAAGGAAAAGUUCUAGUAUUCAUGGAUACAGUAGUUCCACACCAUGUAUUCAAUAUGCCUUAUCUAUUUGCACACAAAUUUUAUAAAAAACCUUUACUCGUUAGUUUUCGGGAAAAUUGAACUAUUUUUUUUUUAUGUCUAAUCUGCUUUUGUAGUUGCGAAUAACAAUCAUGUUUCGAUAUCAAAAUAAUGCAAAGCCUGCUGUCCCAGAUUUUAUUCCAAGAAUCAAACCUUUCGCUACUUUUUAUCCAUAUUGUAUAUCAUGGUUUGGGAGGAAGUAGCAGUUGUGUGUGAAUUGAAACCAUUCAACACCUCUGACAACACCUCAAGACAAUCAAACUAAUGUUUAUGUUAAUUUCCCUGCAUUAUGAAACUUAAUCAAUUUAAUUUUCAACGAUUUGUAAUUUCCUAUAAGCAGCAUAUUAAAUUUUUUUGAAAAAGGGAAAUAAUGUACUUGAAUAUGGCUUCCCUAUACUCCUGAAUUUAUUUUGUUUUGAAGUAUUUUUAGGUACUCCCGUAGUAUGUGUACCAGGCUAGGGUUAGGCCAUAAUUUUAUUCCGAUUUUCCUUAUUUUAGUUCUAUUACAAGUUCGAGGGACUGUCUGUGUUAGCCAAGUGAACAUACCCCCUGCCCAUAAAUUUCCAUGCCUUCACACAACUUGAUGUAAAGUAGGCGAACAAAAUUAGUUACCUCCAUAUUGGUACACGUACUUCUGAAACGCCAUUUUUUAUCCACUGCCUAGUCAUAUAAUUAUGUAUUUUUGGGAAUAUUUUUUGUGUAUUAUUAUUGUGAACAGUAUUACGAACAUAGAAGCAAAUGUUUUGAAUUAUAAAUAUGCUUAUAUAUAU